CACGGUGCUGCAGCGCGGAGGCCGCGGCGGCAGAGAGGAGCUGCCUCAUCUUCUGCUGAAGGGCGUCGGCAUGAACAGGAUCCGGAUUCACGUGUUACCGACGAGCCGAGGCCGCCUGACCCCGGUGCCGCGGCCCCAGGAGCCCCUGGCCUGCGCCUUCGCCCCCCGGCCCUGCUCCCAGCCCCGCCUGGAAGGGCAGGAAUUCUGCAUCAAGCACAUCCUCGAGGACAGGAAUGCUCCCUUCAAACAGUGCAGCUACGUGUCCACAAAGAACGGGAAGCGUUGUCCCAAUGCUGCUCCCAAACCCGAGAAGAAGGAUGGCACCUCGUUCUGCGCGGAGCACGCCCGACGCAACGCGCUGGCGCUGCAGGCUCAGGUGAAGAAAUCCAACCCCGGGCCUGUGGGUGAGACCCUCCUGUGCCAGCUGAGCUCCUACGCCCGGGCAGAGCUGGGCUCCCAGAGCGCCGAGAGCAGCCGCAGCGAGGCCAGCCGCAUCCUGGACGAGGACAGCUGGAGUGACUGCGAGCAGGACCCUGUCACCGUGGAGCAGACGUGGCGUGGGGACCCCGACAGUGAAGCUGACAGCAUCGACAGCGACCAGGAGGAUCCCCUCAAGCACGCUGGGGUGUACACGGCCGAGGAGGUGGCUCUGAUCAUGAGGGAGAAGCUGAUCCGCCUCCAGUCCCUCUACAUCGACCAGUUCAAGCGGCUCCAGCACCUCCUGAAGGAGAAGAAGCGCCGGUUCCUGCACAGCAGGAAGGGAGAGCACGAGGCCAUCGGGAGCAGCCUCCUGACAGGGCCAGAGGGGCUGAUGGCCAAGGAGAGGGAGAACCUGAAGCGGCUCAAGUGCCUCCGGCGCUACCGGCAGCGCUACGGGGUGGAGGCUCUGCUGCACCGGCAGCUCCGGGAGCGCAGGGUCCUGGCCACCGACGGUGCGGCCCAGCAGGCUCACACCACCCGCUCCAGCCAGCGCUGCUUGGCCUUUGUUGACGAUGUCCGAUGCUCCAACCCGUCCCUGCCGAUGACCCGGCACUGCCUCACGCAUAUCUGCCAGGAUACAAACCAGACGCUGUUCAAGCCGUGCCAGGGCUCGGAGGAAGUUCCCUGCAACAAGCCCGUGCCCGUGAGCCUGUCUGAGGAGCCGUGCUGCCCCCUGCACCUCCGGCUGCCCCCCCAGAUGUACGUCCCAGAGCAGGUCCUGGCUGUGCCCCAGGAGCUGGGGGCUGCUCCCACGGAGCUGUACCUGAGCGCGGCCGAGCUCCAGCCCACGGAGAGUUUGCCCCUGGAAUUCAGCGAUGACCUGGACGUGGUGGGUGAUGGGAUGCAGUGCCCCCCAUCCCCUCUGCUCUUUGACCCUUCCGUAACCCUCGAUCCGUCCCUGCGGGACAUGGCCGAGGCUCCCGCCAGGAUGAGCUGCAGCUCCGGCUCCUCUGCCGAUCGCUGGAGCCACGGGGACCCCCGGAACCCCAGCAGCCCUCCCGUCCUCCGUGGGGAUGGAGCAGCCACGGGAGACCGGGGAGGGAAAUCACGGAAGUUCUGGGGGCUUCUGGUGGGUCCUGGGGGGCGAUGUGGCCCUGCGGUGUUUUUGGGGGGACAGAGGUUCCGUGCCGCGGGGUCCCCCACAAUAAAGUGAUGGAGGUGGGUG